GUAUAAUUCCAGGUGUGGUCUGACCAAGGCAGAAUAGAGGGGUAGCAUUACUUCCCUGGAUCUAGACACUAUACUCCUAUUUAUGCAGGCCAUCAUAUCAGAUAUGAUGUGUGUGUGUGUCCCGUGGCUGGGUAGAUAGAAAGGAAACUGAUCAUGAUAGAGAGAGCCUAAGCAUCCGGUCCCAGUGGGUAAUAUCUGCCCGAAGUAUGAUUUUUUCCACACAGCCUCCAACAGCUAUGGAUGACAAUGAUCAGAAUAAGGACUACCAGAAUGAAGGCUACCGCAGUGAGGAAUACCAGAAUGACACUGCACCAGAGAAAUCCUCUCACGCCUGCGAAGUACAUUCUGCAUCAGAAAAUGUGAAAAAAGAAUCUGUGACUUCAGAACAGGGCUGGAAGAAUGCUUCAGAACAGGAAUAUGAAUAUAUCCCAUUGUCAGGCAUGUGGACGAGGUCACUGCCAGAAGAGGAAUUAAAUGCUGAUCCAGGGCUGUAUAUAUUUGAGAAUGACAAAUUGAAUUCCAUCCCAAGGAAACUCUUCAUCGUCUUCUGCAUUGUGCUGCUCUCUUCUCUAGUAAUGACAACAGUCGCUCUUGUGAUGACAUGCUUUAGAUGUAAGUGAACAUCUGAAGCACAAUCCUUUUUUCUGGACACCACUUCUAUUCCAUUUAUCUUCCUCUUUCCAAUUUAUAGUUUGGCCUUAUUGAUUGCAUACAAUGGUAGGGUAUAAACACAAUACAUUGCUCAAUAAAUUACAUAUUUUAUUAUUUGGCUUGUAGGCUUCCCUUGAAACAUUAUCAUUGAAAUGAAUUUUUAAACAAAACUGUUAGUGAAUUAAGGUUGUGAGUGAUAAA